AUGCUCUCCCAUGCAGGACCCGCCAGGUUUGCCCUGUUUCUGCUCUGCUGCAUGGAAACCUUGCUGCCCUCCCAUAUGGCACCCACCCAUCGACUACAACCAAGUGACGUCCGAAAAAUAAUCUUGGAAUUACGGCCCAUGUCUAAGGGACUUUUGCGAGACUACCUGAAGAAGGAGAUGGGGUUGCCAGAAUCUAACCAUUCCUCGCUACCGUGUCUCAGCUCUGACUCCCAACUGCCGCACAUCAAUGGCUCCGCCAUCCUGCCUUAUUUCAGGGCGAUCAGACCAUUGUCAGAUAAGAAUACUAUCGAUAAAAUCAUAGAACAGCUGGACAAACUCAAAUUUCAACGUGAACCAGAAGCAGAGGUUUCUAUGCCUGCAGACAACUUUGAACGUAAAAACUUCAUCUUGGCCGUUUUACAACAGUUCUCAGCGUGCCUGGAGCAUGUGCUUCAAUCAUUGAAUUCUGGACCCCAGUAGGCCAUUCAAGGCCAUCUGGCUGAACCUAUUCCCUUUGGAAUGGUGGAAAUGUCUGAAGCCUUGAGAAAACGUAACUGGCAGGCUAAGGGUGACUGCUCUGCUGUAAA